AUGGAACACUUACGAACCCUCCUGUCGUCCACCCUAGUCUGGGGAGCGGGUUGCGGUAUACUUCUCAUAGUUCUCGGAAUACUCGUUCACGAUGUGAUUUUGUGGAAACGCCUACCUCCUGGGCCUCCUCCAUUUCCUCUAAUAGGCAACAAGCUCCAUGUCCCGUCCAAGCAUCCCUGGAUCAGGUUUCGAGACUGGUCCAAGAUAUACGGCCCAAUCUACACCAUAUGGUUCGGUCGGCGACCUACUGUGGUCAUAUCCGACCCAACAGUCGCUGCCGAAUUACUGGAAAAGCGAUCUACAAAGUAUAGCACGCGCCCGCGGUUCGUCACAAUGGGGGAGAUAUACUGGGAUAUGGCUAGUAUUCUUGUCCAGCCGUAUGGCAAAGAGUGGCUGGUCCGACGCAAGCUGUUACAUUCUGCCCUGACGCCGCGGGCUUUGGACAAUUACAAACCGCUGCAGCAAGCAGAAUCAGCUCGGCUGUGCUACCAGCUUCUCCAACACGCUGACAGAUGGGAGGCAUUAUUCGAUCGUCUUACUGCUUCCAUCGUCUUUGCAAUCGCCUACGGACACCGCGUCGACGACUUUCGAUCCCCUGUGGUUCGCCAGCGACUGGAGUUCAUGCAGUAUUCCUCCAGUUUGAAUGUCCCAGGGGCGUAUCUCGUGGAGUCCUUCCCUAUCUUGAAAGAUCUGCCGGACUGGAUGGCACCAUGGAAAGCCGAGAUCAAACGCCGUGGACGUAUCGAAGCGGAGGCGAACAUGAACCUCGUUCGCGUGGUCCAACGGGAUAUAGAGUCCGCGAAUGAGGCUCCAGGAACGGCACAUAUCUUCAAUAGUUUGACCAAGCAGCUUCUCGAGAUUAGAGGUCAAGAUCCUGCAUCGUUUCCGCUAACUGACAGGGACUUCAGCUACAUACCAGCAUCUCUGUUUGGCGCUGGCUCCGAUACCACAGCCUCAACCUUGUGCUCGGCGAUGCUCGCUAUUGUGACCACACCGAUGGUCUUGGAGAUGGCACAGGCGGAACUAGACUCCGUGGUAGGAUAUGACCGAUUGCCGACGUUUGAGGAUAUGCGCAAUCUCCCGUAUCUACGGGCCUUUUGCAAGGAAGUCCUGCGUUGGCGCCCAGUGGCUGUACUCGGCGGAACACCACACGCUUGUUCCGAAGAUGAUUUCUACAAUGGCUACUAUAUUCCUAAAGGGACGGUUAUCUUGGGGAAUUCUUGGGCCAUCAAUCUGAACCCAGAAUACUACCCCAAUCCCGAUCACUUUAACCCUCUCCGGUUUCUCGACGUGGAACCCCAUUCUUUGUCCUAUCUUUCAGAGCAAUACUUGUCAUCGACCAAGCAAGAAAAGGGCACGUCGCACCCGAGCAAACUAGGCCACAGCUCAUUUGGCUGGGGCCGGCGCAUCUGUCCAGGGGCAGAUCUGGCGACCAAUACUUUGCUGAUAACAUUGAGCCGGCUAUUGUGGUGCUUUGAUAUUCGGCCCGUCCCUGGAAGAACCUAUGAUACCUUGGACUACUCUAGUGGCUUCAACAUCAGGCCCCGGAACUUGCAUGUGAAGAUCAAAGUCCGGUCAGAUCACCAUGGGGGAGUAGUCGAAAGGGAGUACGGAGAUGCAUCGGAGUUUUUAGAGACGCUGCCCCCCUUCGAAGACAGUCUACCAGAGCAUUCCCCUAUCAAAAUAUACUUCGGCACUUUCGGCAACCCGAAGGCCGAAAACCCGAACGAAAGAGGUCUAGCGGGAUCCCAACUGCCCAUGUAG